AUAUCACUGAGGAGGGAAGAUAUCACCUUCGAUGAUCAACCACUACACUCAUUACCAGGAUCCAUUGAUGGUCUCCGUAAGGAUGAGUUCAUCGUGGUGAAUGUCGGUGCUGAUCCAGCUUCAUCGAUCUAUGUACUGGCAAAAGUUCUGGCUGUUGGCCCUACCUGGGUUGACAUUAUUGUUCAUGACCUUUGUUCGGGUAAGUUCAAGCCGUUGUAUACGGAUCGUAACCGUAGCCGAUUCCAGUUUACUUCUGGAGCGGGUUUUUCUCCGGAUAGACGUCGAGUGAGUCUUUCCCAAGUUGAGAGUGAUAGCUUCGCUUUGACUAAAGCAGGAAGAGUUCCUGUUGCAGUACAGCGUUCAUUAUCUGCGAGAGGAAUCA